AUGAGUAAAGUUUGCAAGCUUUGGAUUCACCAAUCUAACUUUAGUGAAGAGGACCUUGUUUUGAAUCCGAAAGAUUUCCAAAAUGGCCUAAACGAAAACGAUAUUCUCCAAAUUUAUCAAAUAUUUGAGGACGGUUCAGGCACAUGCAAACUACUGCUGCAAAUCAAGUCCCUUCAAACUGACUUUCAACAAAAAGAGACAAUCAGUCUCAAACAUUCUGUUGCAAGUAAAUUUAAGUUUCGGGCAUACUGGGAGGUCCAUGUUGAAAUAGUCGACCCGUCGGCAUUUACAUUGGCACUGGUUGAGCUCAAGUUUAAGGACCAAUGGCUUGGACGCAGCGACAUGUGGCGUUUUGGGAAGACUUUGAUAGAUUCAGCUGUUUAUAUGUCAAAGAAGUUAAGUUUUGCUGGUGCACGAGCUGAAGUUCAUGAAAUGUGGGCGAGUGGUGAGACGGCGAAUAAAGUCACAUGUGGUGUUGUCGGUAAAGAUACGAGG